GGGACCCUCCUUCCCUUCUUUCCCUUUGGCAGGCAAGGGCCCAGGCGCCUUCUGUGCCUCCUCCUAGCCCAACACGCAGGUUCCAAGCUCUACUAACGGCCUCUCGGGGUGUCUGGUGGGACUUAAAAUCCUCCUUCAAUGAAAUCCUAGCCUUUCAGUCCGCUCCGACCCCGCAGCCCAUGGCCGAGCCCCAGAGUAGGGCGUGAAGCCUCUGGGGAGGCCAGGGUCGCUGCUCCCCACCUCCUCCAACGCGGUGCAAUCGGUCCCCAGGACUCUACGGGAAGGGAACUGGUGGCCCCUGGAGCCACCCUGCCUUACAGGCCCUCCUCCCCAAAGACAUACUCCAGAAAUCUCUAGCCCUCCUGCAGCUGAGAGGAGCCCAGGAUCUCAGACCUAAACCAGGUGAGGCUUCCUUUAUUUUAAGCCCAGAAGGUCUGAGUUCGGCUCACCUUGCCCACUCAUUUGCCACCAGUCUUUUGGGAAGAAUCUGGAGUUAGCUGUGACUCGUCCUAGUGAAGGACUGACCCUGAAAUUGCUACCACCCUACCCCAGACAUUCUUUCCCACCCCAACUCAGAAAGCAAGCGGAAGAGGCUUAUGCUCCCUUCCACAAUCAUUUUAGGGUUUUUAGCCACACCUGUGGCCAGCCUAGCCUCCUUUUUCUUUCUUGUUCCAAAGAAUCCCUGCCUUCCUAAUACGCCAGCACCUGCCCAGACUCAGGAAUGGACACUUUCCUUCCACACCCAGGCUGGAGGCCUCGGGCAUUUCUGCCCGGGUGCUCUGGAGACAUGUUCAGAGUCAUCUUGUCGCAGAGGAUGAAGGGGCUCUCCUGGCUGCUGCCCCCAAGGCCUAUCUAACUUCCUUCCCUUGCAGUGAAUGACAGCUCAGCAACUUUUCCAGGACAAAAUUAAGCGCUCUGCCUUUCACUUAUGAAAGUCCCUUAAAGUGAAAUAACUUCUGCUUUGCUUUUCCCUCUUGUAGGCCGAUUGAGCUCUCCUACAAUAAAAAAAAGAGUUGAAAUGCAUUGAGAUUCCUGAUCCAAGAGUCGUGUGUAACUGCUCGAAUUUCCACACCCUCACUUCCUUAGGCUUGAGCUUGCUGAAAUUGUGGUCGGGCUCCUUGCCAAUCUCAAGAACCUAAAACCAGAGUGACACCCGGCAUCAGUGCUAACUGAACUUUGUUCUUUUCUCAUCAGUGAAAAAUACCCCUGAACAAUGGGUGAGACAUUCUCCCAGCUGGGCUCUCGGGAGGAUGAGAACAAGUCGAUCCUGUCCCCCGAGCCAGCCUUUGGCAGCAAGGCUGCCAGCUACUCCAGCACCACCAGCAGCAAGCCUUUUUGUUCCUGUGUGCCUUGUGAAAGGGCUGCUGGUGUCAGCUUUGUGACUUGUCCCACCUGCCAGGGCAGUGGGGAGAUCCCUCGAGAACUAGAGAAGCAGCUGGUGGCCCUCAUCCCCUAUGGGGACCAGAGGCUGAAGCCCAGGCACACGAAGCUCUUCGUGUUCCUGGCAGUGUUCAUCUGCCUGGUGACCUCCUCCCUCAUCGUCUUUUUCCUGUUUCCCCGGACUAUCGCCGUGCAGCCUGUAGGCCUCAACUCCUCCACGGUGACUGUUGACGAGGCCGAUAUCCACCUCAAUAUAACGAAUAUCCUGAGCAUCUCCAAUAACAACUACUACCCCAUCUCUGUGACCCAGCUGACCAUUGAGGUUCUGCACCUGUCCCUCGUGGUGGGGCAGGUCUCCAACCGCCUUCUCCUCCGCAUCGGCCCUUUGGCCAGUGAGCAGAUGUUGUAUACGGUGGCCAACAGGAUAUGGGACGAGAACACAUACAAGAUCUGUACCUGGCUGAAAAUCAAAGUCCACCACGUGCUUCUGCACAUCCAGGGCACCCUGACCUGUUCCUACCUGAGCCGUUCAGAGCAGCUGGUCUUCCAGAGCUACGAAUACGUGGACUGCCGGGGAAACACAUCCAAGCCCCACUUGCUGGUCCCUCGCCCGCCGUGACCUGUCUGCUGUCGUCGAGCUCCGGCCACCUGCCGGCCUGGAACGGAAGCCUGGUUCUUCUCGAGGCCAGCACCAGAUAUUCCCCUUGGUCCUGAGGAAAGUCUGACCUGACAUUUCCUCAGAGCUGCCUCAGAGGCACGGAGCGGCCCCCACACUUCCGGUGCUGAGCACCUUGGUUGCCCAGCUCGUCCAGGGAAGACCUUCCUUCUGCCUGAAUGUGGAGAAAGCUUUCAUUUUGUCUGGCUUUUAAUACACGGAUCCUUUCCAAGUUC